AUGUGGGGGACAAUAAUGCGCGCAGCGCCGGCGUCGCGUCAAACCUUCUCGGGCCAAGGUCAGACGUUCUGGAGGACAGCAUGGCAACGCCAAUACGCGGCUAGCAGGGCGCAUGCGCAAACCUCAAGAGCCGGGAUCAGAAACUUUGGGGGCAGUCGACGAACGCCCGAGUCAUCACCGGCUGGCCGCAUGAGCACCAUGUUUCGCACAUGGCACCGGUCCUUUCGAUUCUCAGCCAUGAGGGGUAGCGAGAAGGCUGCCGGAGCAGCAGAAAAGCCUUUGUCUCUGAGCCAGAGGUUGAAGAAGCUAUCCAAGGAAUACGGAUGGAGCGCAGUCGGUGUUUACUUCGCUCUCAGCGUCCUCGACUUCCCGUUCUGCUUCUUGCUGGUUCGAGUUGUCGGCACUGAUAGGAUAGGUCAGCUCGAGCACUGGGUCAUGUCUUGCGUCAAAAAGGCGAUCCCGGAUUCGGUCGAGGCCUGGUGGCACGAGUAUCGUGCCGCCUUGAAGGGGGUUGAAAAAGAGCAGCUCGGUACCGACGUAGUGAGCGAGUCGGUCGAGAUGGCCGGCUGGGGAGUGGCUGAAGCGGAGGAGCACAACCGUGCCGAAGCUAGCUUAGGCACACAGCUUGCUCUGGCAUACGCCAUCCACAAGAGCUUCAUCUUUCUUCGGGUGCCCCUGACUGCAGCUGUGACGCCGAAGAUUGUUAAGAGGCUAAGAGCCUGGGGGUGGAAUAUUGGCAAACGGCAAACAAAAGCCUGA